CACGGAGCGGUGGGGAUGCUUUGCUGCAGCGUUACAAUUUCCGACACCUUCUUUUUAUAACUCGCCUCGGUCCCCCUCCGCUCGACCUGUCAAAACCACGCCUAUGGAGCCACACAAUUGGUCCGAAAGCGUCAAAGAGCCAAUCAAGUAUGCGGCAGCUGCCCUGCGACGCCGCACAACACAGCCAUUCCAUCCCGGCGCAGCCGAGCGCGCUGGCUCAGACACACACGCACUCACACCGGGGAUUCUUGGAGCCCAGCGCCGCUUUCGCUCGCUCGCUCUCUCCCUGCGCGGCUCCUUCUCUCGCACUCGCUCGCUCUCCCACUCGCUCUCAACACCCCCCCCCUCUCUCUCUCACACACACAUACAUACCCGUCUCUCUCUCUCUCUUCUCUCUGUCUGCUCUUCCUUGCAGGAACUUGCAGGGGUUGAGAGGGCGUAGAAGAGCGAUCAAGGCUCCCCAGUUUUGCAAAUCGCUAUCGUUAAAGCUUUUUUAAAAAAAUAUUUAAAAAAAAUUGAAAGAGGACAGGGGGAAAGAAGGGAGGAGAGAUCCGAGGAGGAACGACGGAGACGGGCGGCGGAGAUUUUUUUUCUUUUCUGGAAUCCAAACUUUGGCAACGGCGAGCCGCGUGGGGGGAGGGGAAAACGGAAGCUGCAUUCUCUCUCUCUCUCUCUCUCUCUCUCUCUCUCUCUCUCCAACUUUUAGCGCUACGAGGAGCCUGAUUAGAAACAAGAGGCUCCCCCCCCUUCACAAUUUCUCUUCUCCUCUCCUCUCCCUCUCAUUCACGCACACACACGCACACAAACACAGACACUCCACCUUUACAGAAUCUUUCGGCGGGGCGUUGAAUAUAAGGAGGGGGGAAGCAUAAGAAAGAGCGGAAGGAAAAAAAAAACCUUCCGAUCUCAACGUUUGCAAGAGACCCACCAGAGAAAGAAGGUGACUUCUUCUUUUUCCAGGCGUUCCUUUUCCCUGCACCACCGAACCCUCCUUUCCUCCGUCGCCUUCCCCAGAAGUAGCGGCGAAAUCUGGCCGAAGUCCUUGCUGCUGCUGCUGCUUUCUCCACCGCCACCCCUUCCUCUUUCGAAACCGACCAUUCUUAACAUUAUAAUUCAAUCCUUGUGAAAAAGCGAUCGCUGAGGAGGAGGAGGAAGAGGAGGAGGAGAAGGAGCUUCCGAGCAAAGACACCCUGGCGGGUUCCGGGUGACAAGAUGCCUCCUGCUUUCGACUCGGGCGCUGGGACUCUCUGGUGACUCGCCUAUGUCACUCUCCGGCACCCUCCGCCCUGGUCGCUCGCCUCCUCUUCGGACGGCCCUUUCGCCUUCCUCUCUCUCUCCUCCUCCUCUUCCUCCCUUUCCCUCCUUCUCUCCUUCUUCUGGGAAUCGUGGCCCGACGAUGAGCUCGUAAGGGCCGCGCGCUCCAGGAUCCAGGACUGCGUCCGGGCAGGCCGCUGGGAGCGAGGCAAGCUGUUGGAUGAAUCUCUCCAUGAGAGAGCCCGUGAUUCCUGGGACCAGCAUGGCUUACCACCCCUUCCUACCUCACCGGGCGCCGGACUUCGCCAUGAGCGCCGUCUUGGGUCACCAACCGCCUUUCUUCCCGGCUCUGGCGUUGCCCCCCAACGGGGCCGCCGCCCUCUCUCUGCCGGGGGCUCUGGCCAAGCCCAUCAUGGAUCAGUUAGUCGGGGCGACGGAAUCCGGGAUGCCUUUCUCGUCUCUGGGACACCAAGCCGCGGCUCACCUGAGGCCUUUGAAAACCUUGGAGCCGGAGGAAGAGGUGGAGGACGACCCCAAAGUCCACCUGGAAGCCAAGGAACUCUGGGAUCAGUUCCACAAGCGGGGCACCGAGAUGGUAAUCACCAAGUCAGGAAGGUAAGGGAGAUUUGCUCCUGGGUUAUGGGGGGGGGGGUUCCUUCUCCGUCUCGCCUCCCCCACCUCCGCACACACCCGCCAACCCAUUUCUCUCAAGCUGAUUUCCAAGCAAACCAAUAGUUUCCACUUGCAAACAAGAAAAUAAAAAGCUUAAUAUGGAAUUAGGAAAAUAUCCAGAAAGCGACAGCUGACCGUGUGUGCUUGCAAAAGCCUUCACCCAACCUCUGAAGGACAAUGGGAAUACUGUGUGUGUACAAUCUAUGCCAUGUAUAUAGCGAUAGAUAGAUAGAAUACAGAUAGAUAGAUAGAUAGAUAGAUAGAUAGAUAGAUACAUAGACAGACAGAUAUCUGCAUCCAGGAAUCGUGCACACACACGCAACACUUUAUCUGUGCACACGAAAGAGAGAACUGACCGCAGUGUUCGUGGGAUAUGUGCAAUCAUAUAAAACUGGGCAGAAUUUUGCACCGGGAAUCUUUUAAUAAAAAAUGCAAUAGCUCCCUUCGUGGCUUUGUUAUGUCUGUAAUUUCCUGCACUUUUUGCUGGGGAGCCAGACCCGUUGGAACGAAUGGGGCUUAUUUCCAGGCAAAAACAUACCCAGACGUAAAAGCAGGCUUUAUCCUGCUCAGACUUUCUUUAGCAGUUAAGUCUUUCCACGCUCGAAGCAGAUCCAGCCUAGUUACUUCCAAGCAAAUCUAUUCGGGGGUGGAACUCUUCGACUGGAAUUUUAAAAGCACAUUUGAACCCUCACCCCCGAAAAUAACAUUGCUCUUCUGUAAAUGUGGAUAUUUUGAACUCAGGAUUUCAACUGCUAGGGAAAUCCAGGUGUAGGGCCCGAAAUUUGUGGAGCAAGUGAAAAUAUUCUAGCACUGGACUUGGUAAUAAAACAGAGCGUUUGGAAUGAAGGGCUUCCUUACCCCGUAAAAAAGUUUGUAAGCUGUACUUAAAACUUAUUUAAGAGCUAUAUGGCAGAUUAUGUAUUUUCCCUAAACGUUCGCUCACAAAUUACGAAUAGUCGUAAUUUCUAUUGAAACAAUUGCCAUUAUUUCAUUCCAACACAGAAAGUGAAAAUAUAACGCUGAUGCAGAUUCCUCAGGUUCACAUUUACGAUGCCAGGUUCAUUUUAAACUGCUUAAAAAAAAAAUAAUCAAGUCCCCAAGACGGCUGAAAAAAAGUAAGGAGACUUUGGAUCUGUGGCCAAAGUUUCCCCCCCAAGAAGGCUUAUCUACUGUUUGCUUUCUUAUUUGGGCAGCUACUUUGUAAGGAGGCUUUGCAGACUUCAACAACUCGCUGCAACAAAAUCACACGUCUUUGCAAUUUGGAAAUCAACUUAAGGAUUUGGGGAAGGGGUGGCAACCAUCUUCCAAGCUCUCCAAUAUCGUUGGCCUUGGACUAUUGUUGCACGCUAAAUACUACGGAUCUGCGUCUCCCUCCAUGCCCAAACCAAAGGAGAUUAUUUUGCGAUUUAUUUUUUAAAAAAAUAAUUAAAAUGGAAUAUUCACAAAGGAUUCCUAUUAUCAUUUUAUUUUGCACAAUAGCAACCAGUCGAGAGAAUCUGAGAGUAUAGUUCCUUGCUAAGGUUGGGGGUGGGUGGGGAUACUUUUGCACAAGAAUAUGCGGCUGAGUGAUACGCUAAGACGAUUCUCUCUUUUUUAAAAAUAUAUAUUUAUAUAUUUUACUAUAAGUAAAAUCUUCGCCUUCUUUGUUUUGUGCUCUGUCUGUCUCUGUCUCUAGGAGAAUGUUUCCACCCUUUAAAGUGAGGUGUACUGGCCUGGAUAAGAAGGCCAAAUAUAUUUUGUUGAUGGACAUAGUGGCGGCUGACGAUUGUAGAUAUAAAUUCCACAAUUCCCGGUGGAUGGUGGCCGGGAAAGCCGACCCUGAAAUGCCAAAGAGAAUGUAUAUCCAUCCAGAUAGCCCGGCGACCGGAGAACAGUGGAUGUCUAAAGUCGUGACUUUCCACAAACUUAAACUGACUAAUAACAUUUCGGACAAACACGGAUUUGUGAGUGAUUUUUAAUUUCUUCCCCCCUGUAACGUAACCUCCUGGUUCUUUAAACGCCGCCCCCGCUCACAAACACCACGCGUUUAAAACAAAGCAAAACAUAUAUUUGCAAGGUUGAGAGAUCAGCUUAGAUCGACCCUCGGUCACGCUGCAGGGAUUGGUGGGUGGGAAACCUAUUCGCUAAAAAAGCUUUGCAGAGGCCCAAAGAGACUGACGUUUGAUUUCGAUCCCUUCCAGAUUUCUGAAGGAAGGGAGGGGGGCGAGAAAUGACUUCAUAUUUGGGCACUAUGGUCGAUCUGCUUAUAAUAAUAUCAUAAUUGGUUUCUGUGUGCAUGUGUUUCAGGGAGGGAAAACGGGGAGGCAUCGCAGGAUGAGGGUAAUCGUUCCCUUUCCAAUGUUAUAAAUCUAAUUAGGAAACUUCCGGGGCAAAAAAAAGAAUAAAAAAAAAAUCCUGCACUCUUCCUCCGAUUCAGCUCUAAAUGGGCAGGAUCCGAACUCUAGUUAAAUCGCAGGGAGGGAGAGUAGGGGGAAAAGCAGCUUAACUCCAGCAAAUCUGGGGUGUGUUUUAUAACUUUUCUAGGGCAAAACUGAUUUAAGAGGCAGCCAGUUGCAGAAUUGGGGGUGGAGGGUGGGACACACAGGGUGCAGAUAAAAAAUAGGGAGGUGGAGGAGAGACGAGGAAGAAGGGAUGACAGGAAAUAAAUACACCUCCCCACCACCAAAAAAAAAAAAAAAACCCCACCCCAAACCACUCAAAUUAAAAUAAAUUCCUUGGGGUUCCAGCCGGAUUUUAUCCCUCUCCUAACCGACUUAGACCCAUGUUUAAGCUCGGGUCGCUUUACAGUAUUAUUAUUAUUUCCUUUCCUCCAUUCACAUCCCUGUCUGUGUACAGAUAGGAAAGUGAACUUUCGGGCAAGGCAGCUCCUCCAGCGAAGUGCAGAAAAUGAGGUCAUUCCUUCUGGCGAGGUUUUCUUGGGAAGGAAAAAGGAAGAAACGGGGAGAUCCUCGUUUCAGCUUGGCUGGCCUUGGCUGAUCUUCCUGAAAAGCCUCAGCUCUCUCUCUCUCUCUCCCCCGCCCUUGGCCCGCUUGGAGCUCGCUCAGAAAACCACUCCGCUCCCUCGCGCUUCCUUUACAUCUCCUCGCCAGUCAACUAAUGACCUGGGCUUAGCUCUCUCUCCUACUGGGUUGGAAUUAUUACCAAUUAUUAUGAUUGGUAGUAUUAUUUUAAAGCAAAAUAUUUCCAAGCAACGGUGGUUCUAGAUGUGUAGAAGAAGGGAGGGAAGAAAGAAAGAAAGAAAGAAAGAAAGAAAGAAAGAGGGCGGCUAGGAUUUGGAGGCCUAAAUUCGGGCUUUGCUGAUGUUCCUCCUUUCGUUUUGACUGAGUCUGGAUGUUCCUGCUUGUCUGUCUGUCUCUGACCCGCCCCCCCCCCCCGUCUUCCGCACCCGCAGACCAUAUUGAACUCCAUGCACAAGUACCAGCCUCGGUUCCACAUCGUCCGGGCCAAUGAUAUUCUGAAACUGCCUUACAGCACCUUCCGCACUUACGUUUUCCCCGAGACAGAAUUCAUUGCGGUGACUGCGUAUCAGAACGAUAAGGUAAGAAAGAGUCGCUGUGGAAUGCAUUUAAGGGAAUGAGGUGGAGCGGUGGGUAGGGGGUGGCGAGAGAGAUGGGUGAUCUUGAGCCUCUGAUCCUGAUCUGAUUUGGCAUUAAAAAAUUGGGCCUUGUCUCCUAGCGCCCCCCCCCCCCCCAUUUAUCACUUCGGCCACUUCAGAAAGAAAGUUAAAAGAAGGAAUUAAAAUUGUUCUAAUUUUCGAUAUUCGGUGUAUCCAGAGAAACCUAGUAAGAGGUGGUGGAGAGGAAAAUAGAUGUGUUUGUAGUGUGAGAGAAAGAGAGCGCGCUUUAAAAAGAUAUCCGACUUUCUCUUUCGGUGUGCAAAUGUGAUUUUCGAGGAAACAGAACCCUAAUCAGAGCAUACAUUAGUUUACUUAAAAAUACAACAACGACAGGGGCAACCAGGCCCCCAAAUGUAGGUCUGGUUCAUAUUAUCCCCCCCCCCACUUUAUACUGCAGUGUUUUUAUUAAUAGUUUUGGAGUAGGGUUGGUUUUUUUAAGGGGCAGGGGAAAGAAAUAUGCUUUUAGCACCUAGCAGCGUUUAAUAAGAAAGACAUGGCCCAUUCUGAUUUGAGGAUGCGGUGGGGAUAGAGGUGUAGUUGUUAAAGAUACCCUAUCCUCAAUUAUCACCAGGACUCCUGUUUGCGGGAGGCCGCCUUGCCCACCAAAGUGGUCUAACUGGGAACUUGGCGCGGUCUAAAUUUAUGGUAAUGAAUUCAAGGCGAGGGACCCGGGAGACUUCGACUAGCCUGCCUUAGAUUCAUUUCAUUUUUAUUUUUUCCCCCUCGCUGUAAAUUAGUACUUUUGGUAUUUGGAUUCCCAAACUCGAGUGCGGUGGUUUAUGGAGCUUUGGCAGCGCUGCAAGAUGGAAACCCCAGUGUGUACUUUGAAAGUGUGUGUGUGUGUGUGUGUGCGCGCGCGCGCUUAAUUCUCCUGGCGGAGCUCCUUGGACAGUUUAGCUCUCCUGAAAUCAAUGUGGCUCGUGCCUGAACUCAGGAUCGCGGUGGAAGUUGGCAGGAUAUGGUGUUGGACGAAAGCGUGUGCUUUGGAGAUGGGAGGGAGAGGGAUCUGAUGCCGUGUUUCUGCUCCUGUUGGGAAAUGGAGGCUUGGCUUGAGGAGGCCCCACGAAGAAGUCAGACGUGCUAGGGACUAGCCGCUUAACAGAGCUUUUGUUUGAUACGAUCGCCGAGAUGUGUUGGGGAGGGAGAGACAAAGGAGGCUCGCUCUCCUCUGGGGCGAGCGGAUCUCGCUUGACUGAAUUAGCCCCGUGCUCGGCCCGCGGAAGCCUUUCUCGUCCCCAUCCGAGCGAAAAGCCCCUUGUCCGACUGCCCUGCAAUGGCGUGUGAAAGCGGUGUUGUAAUGGAGCCAAAGGCCCCCGCUUUCCUGGCGUUAUCUCGAGCGAUCUCUCGCAAGAGGUCAGAGAACCCGCAUUCCAGCGAUCACCUAGGCGGCCCCCGUCGCCUUCAUUAAGCACUUUCUGAGCAAUUGGAAAGUAAUGGAUUGACUCCCUGACAUGGGUCCCUUUCUUGCGUUUUGCUCCUGUUUUUUAAUAGCUAGGGGAACAGAUCCCAGGGCCUGGCCAAAGGAGUCAGGGGAGGUGUGUGUGUGUGUGUGUGUGUGUGUGUGUGAGAGAGAGAGAGAGAGAGAGAGAGAGAGAGAGAGAGAGAGAGAGAAAGAAAGAAAGAAAGAAAGAAAGAAAGAAAGAGACAGGAGGGACAGUGAGAUUCAUAUUACACACAUGUAAUAUUUUAUAUUAUGUUAUUAUAUAGCAUAUAAUAUUGUAUACAUAUGACAUGCACUGUGGCUGUAUUUAACCCCUCUCGCUCCCCCAUCUCAAAAGGUCUUUGCACUUCUGUAGAAAAUUGAUAAGGCAAAGGAAUCCUAUGCAUGUUUAAUCCUUAGCAUGUCCCACUGUGCUCAGUGGGUAUCCCUUCAAACUAAGGGUGCAGAGAAUUGUAGCCUAAACUUAGAAAGGGGAGAGCGUGAGAUCAAAACUUUGGGCUCAUCUUCCCACCCAAAGGGACAGCCCAGUAUCUCCUGCUUUAAAAGAGGUGGCAGCAAGGAUUUCAAAAAUUAGGCAGGUGCCGAACUUUGUGCACUCAGUGAUUUCUUUGAAAGCCGAAAGCGCUGGACAUGGGCCGGAUCCUUGAAGAGAGAAAAAGGCAUUACAGUCUUGAAAAGGAAAGGAAAAAGCAACAACGUGCAGAUGUUGUUGAUUUCCUCCCACCCAUCCUUUUAAGAGUUUGCAGAAGUGAGGGGGGAGCAACAUGCCUGUAAUAUGUUUGCAUAGUAUUUAUUCAGAGCUCGGCCCCCCUCCUCAAACUCCAGCACUGCGUGCACGCACACACACAUGCACACACACACAAGCACGUGGCCCGUGGACGGUAAUUACAUAAAGUAUUUUAUUAUAGCAAGCGGGUGACCACCAUUCCUUUGCGGUUUAAUUAUGGCAGGUAAAGAGUUGAAACUGAAACAUAACUUUAAUGGAUAGCCAGGGCGGCACGUUCCACUCAUUCCUCCACCAGGGUUCCCCCCUCAACACACACACACACACUAAGGCUGAGGCAACCAGCCACUGCAAUUGGACUGGCAGAGGUGCAUGAAACGGUCUUUCAUGCUGCCUUGUAGGGGGGGAUAGCCCUAGGAUCCUGGGCUCUUGGCUGUAACAAUGUCACAAGGUUCAGUUUGUUGGUCUUCUGCUAAGGGUGUUGCUUGGGGCUUUUGGAAAUAAACUUUGAGGCAUAGUUUGGGAUGAAAGCUGUUGAGGCCCCCUGCCUUAUUCCCCUUGCUUUGAGUAAGGGCAUGCACAGGUGAAAUACCCCACCUGGGUUGGACUAUGAAAUUAGAGGUCCAACUGGCUGGAAAAUAACCUUUAUUUUCUGUGCUUGGAUCACACCCUUCCUCCAUUCAGGGUUUCACCACCUCAGAAAGCUGCCUUAUUUAUAGAGUCAGACCGUUGCUCUAACCACCUCAGUGUUGCCUACACUGACUGGCAGCUGCUCUCCAGGGUUUCUGGCAGGGAGUCCCGGGGAUUGAACCUGGGACCUUCUGCACGCAAAGCAGUUGUUCUCCCACUGAACUAAGGCAUUUCGCUUUGAUCCUUGCGUGAAGUAAAUUGCACUGAGCGCUGGUUACUUACUAACCGAGUUUUCUCCUGGUUUCCAGAGUCAAAUAUUUAGGACCAGGAUCUUUCCCUGAACCUUUUCCAGAGCCCCAACCAUUACACCAUGCCCCCCUGAAAAUCUGGGUCCACUUCGAGAUUCCGUUCUUACGCAUUAUUUCAUUUCUUUUCUUUUUUUUCUCCUUUCUUUUUUUAUGUAAAAAUAGAUAACUCAGUUAAAGAUCGACAACAACCCAUUUGCCAAAGGCUUUCGAGACACAGGGAAUGGGAGGCGAGAGAAAAGGUAAGGAGGGCUGUCGCAGUAGAGUGUGGGGUGUCUGUCCAACUUGCUAUUAGCGUAUUCAGUCUGGUUUUGAAAUGCUCCUAUUGUAGGGUCUGUUCAAGGAUCUUUAAAACACACAAACUCUCAUUGGGAUGAGUGUUGGUGGAGGGAGGGAGGGUUCCUAGCCUUAGUGGAAUCUUUUUUUAGAAAGUGAUAUUUGUAAACGCCCAAAGGUGUGUUCACUGCCACCCAAGGGAGACGUACACAGCUUAGGACACGUGUUUGCCAUUGUCGAAAUGUGGAACACAAGAGGCUGUGGAGACGGAGUGGCUGGCAGUAGUUUACCCAAAGCCAUAUUCUAAUGAGACGUUGCACUAACCUGAUCCUGCAUGCAUUUAAAUUGAAGUAAGCCUUGAGUUCCUUCCAAGGGGUGUUCUAACAGCAGGUAGUGUCAGUGAAGAGGAAAACAAGCAUCUCUUAGCCUUUCUUAGAGUCAGAGGAGCUUUCCUGUGUGUGUUAUCUUUGCACAAUACACAUUCAGGGCAGGGUAAGUGGGUGUGGAUAUUUGUUUUGGAAGGCAGUCUUCAAAGGCAAAUAUUUCUAUGUUUUGAGCAAUGAUAAAAAAAAAAUUCAAGUAAAAAAAUAAUAAUUCCCCUAAAAUCUGCAAUGACCCAGCCUGUAUUUAAGACCUCCUUAUUUAAAAUUCCUGCUUUCAAUUUUAAAACCAAUUGCUUCAUUUCAACUUGAAAGGUGCCCAGUAUUUAAUUUUGAUUUUACAGAUACUCAUACAUUUAGGGAGCAGGGAGAGAGCUGGCUCCUGCAAGCAUUAUUCAUAAUUCCUCUCUUCAAAAUAAAAAUAAACUGAACAAUAACUUCCUAGUAGCCAGUAAAAAGCCAGAUAUCCCAAGAAUAGUCCAGCAACUUGGAACAGCUGAUCGCUGCUGGACUACGGUUGCCCAAAACUCACCCAACCCAGCUCAACUCUUCAUUUAGUCACAGAUUUGCUCUGCCUCCACCCCGCAAGAACCCAUUUUUCACUCUUCCCAAACUCUGGGGAGAUCAGCUGCCCCCUAUCAGAUGUUUAGUUUCUCUAAGCAUUUGUGGAUUUCUGAGAUUUCAUCUAGACAUGAAGAAGAAUAUUAAUAUCAUAUGGAGGUUGUCCUUGCCAUGCUCUGAUGGCAACUCAUUCAAGUUCUUCCCUUCAAAGUUCUACCUAAACACUUCCCCUUGGAAAAGGAAUAGACUUCCUUCCAAAAGAACUGUCUUUGGCUUCCAGAAUCCCAGCUCCAAACCCGAAACUUGAAAUUCUCUUACUCCUAGAGAAACCCGCCUUCUUUCCACUGAACUGAUGCCAAAGGCCCUUUGAUCUUCAGAAAGGCCUGUUGACCUUUGGGGGCUUCGUCCGAAGUAAAUAACACUGCGGUCCGCAAAGCCCCUUUCUUAAAACAGGCUGACUUGCCUAGAAACCCUUUGCGACUCUAGUGCCAGGUCAGUAGGCUGGGCAAGCUUGGCUUCGAUGUUAAGCAUAUCCGCAGGGAUCGCAACCAUAUUUAUUUAUUUUAUUCUAAAAAUCCUGUUUGAUUCCAUUGGACGUCUUUCCUCGUCCAUUGGCCUGAAUGGGGCACCAGCUGGGUUUUUUUUUCUUUUGUAAACAGUCUUUUGCGAUGCCAGCUGAUUUGAUUUAGAGAGUUAUUAUGGUCUGGAGCGAGUGGUAUGUGUUCGAGAGUUUCCUCCCUUCUCCAGUGACUUUUAAACCAACCAACUUUUCUCCAGGAAGCAACUGACCCUCCAGUCCAUGCGAGUCUAUGAUGAGAGGCAGAAGAAAGAAAAUGGGACGUCAGACGAGUCCUCAAGUGAGCAGACAGCUUUCAAAUGCUUUGCCCAGUCAACCUCCCCUGCAGUAUCGACUGUCGGCACAUCUAAUCUCAAAGGUGAGGUAGCUCCCUACUUGCCUUUGCCCCUCCCCCCCACUCCCUGUGCACCCCCCCAUUUUCCCUACCCCCUCCUUUCUAUUUCUGGGUUAUUACCAUUUCCGGGGGGGGGUUGGUUGGUGGGGGGAGGCAGCAUUUGAAGGGAGUUUGGCUGAAGAUCAGCCUCCGGUUGGAAAGAGGGGGGAAAAGUUUCGAAAAAUAAAAUAAACCCAAUUUUGAAACUGCUCCAGACAUUUUUAAAUAGGAGGGGGGAAAACACUUUUCUCCUUUCCGCCCUGUAUCUAUAUUUCUUCUGUGGUUUGUACAGAGUCAGCCAACACUGACUAAAGCUUCGGAGCAAAGGCAGACCACGGGGCAAAAGUUCAAAACUGCAACCAGUCCAUUCAUAACCGUAUUGGAAUUUCUGAAUAAGGGCGGGGGGGGGGUGGCGGAACCCUGCAACCAAUCCAUUCAUGCACAUAUUGGAAUUUCUUAUUAAGCUGGAGGGGAAACCUCCUGCAACCAAUCCAUUCAAAACCAUACUGGGAUUUUGCAACAAGGGAAAAGUCAGACAAAAAAAUCUCCAUUAAAAAAAUCAACAAAUUUCCUAUGCUUUUGAGGACAAUGCUUCGUCAGACUCAUUUCAUCAGACUCAGUGUGCUGUAGUGGUUAGAGCACUAGAUUGGAAUCUGGGAUACCAAGGCACUCCUAUACCCCCCCCCCCAGCCAGGAAGCUUGCUGCGUGACCAUGGACCAGUCACUUUCUCUCAGCCUAGCCUACCUCACAGGGUUGUUGUGCAGAUGAAAUGUGCAUCGCGUGCGUCACCUUGAGCUGCCUGGAGAAAAUGUGGGAAAUUAAUGUCAUAAAGUGUACAUGCAUUUCACAAGUCUUUAAGAUGCCACAAGGCUCUUUGAAGCUUUGGGUUCAAGAUGCUAAUAUAGCUAGCUCCCUAAAAGAUUUUACGAAGAAGCUCACUUUGGCAGGAGGGAGGCACAGCCUGGGUCAAAUUAUCUCUCCUGUUCUCCCUUCAUUCCACAAACCUAUGGGCUGUAAUGGGAGUUAAGCGGCUUCCAAGGAAUCCUACAUUUGCAUGCGUACAUAAAAGUCUUCAAGUUACUUUAGGCGGCUCAUCUUAUCCCCACUUUAGUGGAAGGAAUCCCCAUUGAAUUCAAUCGGGUGUCCUGAGUCGUGUUCCAGUGGUCUUCUCAAGCAAGCGUGCAUAGGAUUGCAGCCUUUAAAAUGCAUACUUUUGAAAGCCCUGGACUUUGCCAUGCUCCUGUCAGAUGGAAUGCACCCUUUUUUUUUUUUAACCCCCUCAUUUGUUACCAAAAAAAUUUCUUGAACUUUGGAUCUCUCAGGGGCCUGCCCUGUGAAAGCAGAAAACAAAUGGCAGGGGAUUUCAAGCUCAUGUAAGCAGGCCCUGUGUCUGAGGCAAGAGAGAAGCCAGACCCUGAACGUUUAACUUUCCCUUGCGUUGGGAAGGAGGCGAGAUGUUCCAACAGAGCACAGAAGAGGGGGAAUAAAAACCUGGGAGAAAUAAAAGCUGGGGAAUUAAUAUGAUCCUCCUCCUGCCCCCAAGCCUCUCCUCUCUCCCUCACCCACUUCAGUUGGACGUUUAUUGUGGAAACAAGGAGAUAAAGUGAGCCUGGAUACCAGACGGGAGGGGGGAUAGGCUUACUUGCGUGUAUCAACCUAACAUUUGGGAAGCUCAGCUCCAAACAAGUCUGUUUGAAUUCGUCUAGUAGUCCUUCAGUCCUUCCUUCAGAGGCGGUAAACAUGAUGGAACGCUUCACCAAGGGGUGGGGAAGGAAGAAGGAAUUCCACCGAAUAAAAAAAUGUUUAGGUUAGGGGAACAGGCAAGGCUAGAACCGUGAUAGGCUACUUUUCUACCUGCAGAGAUUCCCUCCCCCCUAAGAUGGUGGACUGAACUGAAGUCAACUGGUGAUAGCUCAGCUAAAGUCUUUAGGAAUAAAUAUAAGAUUUAGAGGGGUGGAGGGUGUAUAUUCCAGGUCAUACAGAAGGCUGGCAGGGUAAGUGUGCUUGUGUGUAUGUAUUUGUGUACACACACGCGCGCGCUUGGAAUUAGUAUUUUAUUUGCAUUGAGCUGUGCCUCCAAAAGGAGAGGGGUUCAGCUCCAAGAGGUGCGCCCUGGACCUCCCAGGAGAAGGGGCGGGCUCCAUCGUAUCUGCUCUCCGACUGACCCUCUCCCUUCUUUCCGGCCCCCAGAUCUGUGUCCCAGCGAGGGGGAAAGCGACACGGAAAGCAAAGACGACCCCUCGGAGGCCAACGACUCCUCCGGGAAGAUCUCCACCACCACGGCUGCCAUUGCCACCAACAGCAGCUCCUCGGGCUCCGGAGGAGGAGGAGGAAGUGGAGACCCACGGGAGAAGAGCAGCCCCUCCAAAGUGACCCUCUUCCCCCCGGACUCGGCAGGCGGCAGAGGCAGCCGGGAGAGCGCCCCCAAGGCUCCCGCAGACUCAGCUCGGCACAGCCCGGCCACCAUCUCCUCCAGCACCCGGGGCCUCGGCGGGGAGGAGGUGAAAAGCCCCUCGAGGGAGGACUGCAGGGGCCUGGCCAAGGAGCCCUUCGCCCCGCUGACGGUCCAGACGGACAGCGCUGCCCACCUCGCCCACCAGGGCCACUUGUCCAACCUGGCGUUCUCCCAUGGCCUGGCCGGGGGGCAGCAGUUCUUCAACCCGCUGAGCAACGGGCACCCUCUGCUCCUCCAUCCCAGCCAGUUCGCCAUGGGCGGCGCCUUCUCCAGCAUGGCCGGGAUGGGCCCCCUGCUGGCUACAGUCUCCGGGGCCUCGGCAGGAGUUACCGGGCUGGACAAUACGGUGAUGGCCACGGCGGCGGCUCAGGGAUUAUCCGGAGCGUCAGCGGCGGCUGCAGCGGCGGCGGCGGCUUUACCUUUUCAUCUGCAACAGCACGUCCUGGCCUCGCAGGUAAAUUAUUGCGGUGGAUAUGUAGAAUUUUAUUUUAUUUUUUCGCCCGGGUGUGAGUUCUCCCCUCACUAAGGCAGAAGCUAUUUGGGAAUCUAUUAAGGCAGAUCAUUACCCGGGAGUUCCCCUUUCUCCCCGCCCCCGCCCCCAUUCUUUAUCUUGUCCAUUGGAGCCAAGUCCUAGGGGCCGAGGGGUCUUCACCCCCCCAAUAAAAUAUUUGAGGGGGCCUCCCGAAAGUUGAUAGGCAUUGCCAUUCAUAUGGUGUCCGUGCGUGGCGUAAUGUGAUCUAUUAUGCGGGGCAGGGCUUACUUGCCCCCCAUGGGCGUAGCCAGGAUUUAUUUAUUUUGGGGGGGGGGUUAUGUUCGGUGGUAGAACCAAAUUAUCAGCGACACAAUUGGUCAGUUAGUUAAGUUUUUUUUUAUUUACUUACUUGAUGGGGGGGCAACUGCCCCCCUUCAGCCCAUGGCUACUCCUAUGCCCCCCCCCCGUAUUUUAUUCAAGUUGGCACCCCUGUCUUGUUCCAACAACAAUCCUCUAAUGGAUUUCAGGCGAAGGGUCGUAGCUGGGCGGUAGAGCAUCGGGUUUGCAUGCGCAAGACUUUAGGUUCCAUUCCUGCAUCUCCGGGUAGCGCUGCCUGAACUCUUGAAAAGGCGCUACCAGUUAGGGUUGGCAGUCCUGAUGUAGGUGCCCCAAUGGUCUAACUAAGGAGGCCUGCAUUUCUCAGUGGCAGAGCGUCUGCAGAAAGUCCCGGGUUCAAUUCCUAGUUUGUGAAGGUAGGGCCAGGAAGUAUACCCCGCCCGAAGCUCUGGAGAGCAGCUGCCAGUCCGUGUAGACAAUAGGGAGCUAGAUGUACUAAGGGUCUGACUCCCUGUGUUCCAUUUCUCCUGCGAUGGUGGUCCUAAGGAGUGAGCUAGAGGAAGAUUAUUGUGUGUGCCUGUUUUAGCAGACUCUUCUGUGACAUGUUUAAAAGAGCUCAGAUGGAUUCUUUAUUCGCAGAAGAGAGAAAAGUAUGCAAGCAUGCCCUGUCACUCUCGCCUUCCCACUCACUGCUAAAACCAUAUAGACCUCACCGGAGCCAUUUCAGAUCAGACUUUUUAAAGCUUCGGCUUUCAAAUUCUGUGCGUGUGCCCGCGUUCCUGGAGUUUCUUUUUCAGGGUAUUAUUAUUAUUAUUUCCCUCUUUUAAAAUAACCUCUAAGGAACUCCGGACAGCCUAGGUGGGUUAUUCUAUUCCAUCCUCACAACAACCUUGUGAGGAAGGAGACAGAGGGAGAGAGUUGCAAGUUCAGCCCGUGAAUAUUAUGACCGAGAGAGGGGAUUUGAGUGCAACUCUACUCUGGCAAAGGCCGGUAUCAGAGGGAAAGCGAGGUGCUUCGUUUACUGACUAUAUUUAAAGGGUUUUUUUGUUUAAUUUCAACACUCUCACGUGCACACAAACGCCCUAGCUCUCUCCCCAACACAAACGCGCGCUCUUUCAUACACACUUAAACUGAAGCUCAACAGGCGUUCGUCAGGAUGAGGGAAAGGGCAUACAGUAUAGGAAAUCGACGACAGAACAUCCAUCUAUACAAGGGUUCUCUGGAGCUCUUGAAUAGGACAGGUUCGCUCGCUCCGACCACAUUUUACAAGCUAAAGAGUUUUUGACUCGCUUGAAAGCGAUGCCAACAUUUCCUUUCCCAAAAGGCGUUUUGUCCGAGAGAGAGGGAGGGAGAGCGCAGAGGCUUUUCUAUCACACUCUCUCUCCCCCCCCCCCCGCCGUCUCUUUCCUCUCGAGGUGUUGACUCCCGCGGUUGGAAUGGCAGCUGAGGGUGCUCAGCACCUUGAGAAGACAGGUGAUUGAAAAGGGAUAUUUUAAAUAAAUGGAGCUCCAGCUUGGCUCCGGGCCCUCGCGCUUCGAACUGCUGGUCCCGGCGCCAGGGAAUGAAACGGCGCUUGGCUGAGAACCGCGUCUCGGAGGCUCUCCGGGGCUGGUUACUGCGUUUUCCCACGUGCAUGGCGGCGUGGGGGGGAGGGAGGGGACACACAAACACACACACACCCCUUGGUUCCUAACAGAACCUCGCUUUCCGUCUUCGCCUAGGUUGGUAUUUGUUAUGUGUUUGGGCGCAUGUGUUUCCUUGCCUGUUUUCUUGCGCCAACGUGUAUAUACCUUUAACUGUGCCAAUUACUGACCCGGCCGCUGCUUCUCUUGCAGGGCUUGGCUAUGUCCCCCUUCGGAAGCCUUUUCCCUUACCCGUACACCUACAUGGCAGCCGCGGCCGCCGCCUCGACAGCAGCCACCAGCUCCGUCCACCGCCACCCGUUCCUCAGCGCGGUGCGCCCUCGCCUGCGCUACAGCCCUUACUCCAUCCCGGUGCCCUUACCGGACAGCAGCAGCCUUCUCACAACAGCCCUGCCCUCCAUGGUCGGCGGGGCGGAAGGCAAAGCGGGCGCCUUGGCAUCCAGCCCGGCCUCGGGAGCCUUGGACUCCGGCUCCGAGCUGAACAGCCGCUCUUCCACCCUCUCCUCCGGCUCGGCCGUCUCGCUGUCGCCCAAGGUUGACAAGGAAGCCACCAGCGAGCUGCAGAACAUCCAGCGUCUAGUGAGUGGCUUGGAAUCGAAAGGCGACAGAGCCCGGAGUGGGUCGCCCUAGAGGUGGGGAGAGGAGGAAGGUCCCCUCGCAGAAAAACCUCUCCAUCCCCCCACAGUCUCUGGGCUAGGGAUCCCUCUUUUCCCUUCCCUCCCCCAUUUCUCUGGCCGCCUGCUAGAACUCGCCACUGCCGCUCCCACCUCUGGGUGGAACUGACCAGGCAAGGUUUUGUCCUGCAGGUUGCAGGGGGCGGGCGGGGAGCGACGAGCCGGGAGGCCGCUAACCGGACAGAGGGGGGAGAGAGGUCGCUCUUGGAAGCUGCUAUUGUGAACCAGACUGUGGUGUCCACUGGAGGGGCGGUGGUGCGCACGUGGGGUCAGCGGAUCCUAGGGAGAGGUGACCCCCCAUGGCCUCCCUCCCUUGUUUGUUUCUACCCCUGUCGACACACAACAAACGAAGAUGAAAGGAGAAGACACCGAGGAGUGAUCCCCGGUGUGUGUCCCGCCCCCUUGCUCCCCUUCAAACGGAGAAAUGACUUUUUGCAUAUCAGUUCAAGCCUGACCACGGCCCAUGUCAAUCUUUGUUAAAAGAGGGGCGUGUCCCUUUAAUACUCGAGUGACGUCUGUCAGCCUCUGUAAGGCUCUGUUUGCAUGUUCCAUUCUAAGCCUCAUUAUUUUGGAGUUUUUUUUUUAAUUAAAAAAAAUUGCUUGCUUAAGUUCCAAGGGACUUUUUUUUUUAAUCCUCCCCCUCCCCCACGUUUAUUCUCCACUUCUUCCCUUAGGAACAAUUUAAAAUGUAGUUGGAAAGAUGAGAAUUUUUUUAAAGGGCCGUAAUUUCCUUGAAGCGGUUCCCCACUCCCUCUCCCCCCCCCUUUACUGUAUAUGCAAUAACAAGGUUUAUAAACAUAAUAAGGAAGAAAAAAGAAAGGAAGAAAGAAGUGGACACUAUGGAUAAAGUAUUUAUGUAAUUGAUGGAUAACUUGUAAAUAAGUGGCAUAUGAGUACUCGAAAUUAAAAAAAUAAUUUAUUGAUAUUGUACAUAUGUCUGUAAAUAAGGCCUGACGCUGUCUUCUUUUAUCGUUUUCUUUUUCUCUCCAGUUGCUUUCAUUUAAAAUAAAAUAAAAUAAAAUCCCUUGAAGAGAAUUU